CCACGUGGGGCGGGGCUCCCGCUGCCGCGGGCUCUGCAGUUCGGACUCAGAGCGCCACAGUCACCGCAGUUCCCUCCACUCUGGUGGCCCCACGGUCCUGCGGGGAGUCCGGGUGGUCCUCGGGCCUCUCGGAUUUGGCGCAAGGCCAGCCCCGUCUCUCCCGUUCCUUGCGGCCUAGACGGUCGCGGCUGUGGGGACAUGGAGCCUUCUCCCGCCACCGGAGGCUCGGAGACCACCCGCCUCGUGAGUUCCCGGGACCGCGGCAGCGCCGGCGGCGGCCUGCGAUUGAAGAGUCUCUUCACAGAGCCCCUCCCCGAGGAGCCCAAGCUUGAGGGGAUGGCCUUCCACCACUGCCAUAAGGACCCCAUGCCGCAGUCAGGCCUCUCUCCUGAGAGGCUGCAGGCCCGGAGGCAGCUGUGUGCCGCCUGUGCUGUGUGCUUCAUCUUCAUGGCUGGGGAGGUGGUUGGUGGGUAUUUGGCACACAGCUUGGCUAUUAUGACCGAUGCCGCUCACUUGCUGGCAGACGUAGGCAGCAUGAUGGGCAGCCUGUUCUCCCUCUGGCUCUCCACUCGGCCAGCCACCCGAACCAUGACCUUUGGCUGGCACCGCUCAGAGACUCUGGGGGCUUUGGCCUCUGUGGUCUCCCUCUGGAUGGUCACUGGCAUCCUGCUGUACCUGGCCUUCAUCCGCCUGCUGCAUAGUGACUACCACAUCGAGGGGGGUGCCAUGCUGCUGACUGCCAGCAUUGCUGUCUGUGCCAACAUGCUAAUGGCCUUUGUGCUGCACCAGGCUGGGCCCCCCCACAGCCAUGGAUCUAGGGGCACAGAGUAUGCACCGCUGGAGGAGGGGCACGGAUCCCCCGUGCCCCUGGAAAACACCAGUGUCCGGGCUGCCUUUGUGCAUGUGCUGGGAGAUCUCCUCCAGAGCCUGGGGGUCCUGGCUGCCUCCCUCCUCAUCUACUUCAAGCCUCAGUACAAGGCGGCUGACCCCAUAAGCACGUUCCUCUUCUCUAUCUGUGCCCUUGGAUCCACAGCCCCUACCCUUCGAGACGUUCUGCGCAUCCUCAUGGAAGGUGCCCCUCGCAGUGUGGGUUUUGAACCUGUAAGGGACACACUGCUGUCAGUGCCGGGAGUCCGAGCAACGCAUGACCUCCACCUAUGGGCCCUGACGCUGACCUACCAUGUUGCCUCUGCACACCUGGCUAUUGACUCCACGGCUGACCCUGAAGCUGUCCUGGCUGAGGCCUCAUCGCGGCUCUAUUCCCGGUUUGGGUUCUCCAGCUGCACCCUGCAGGUGGAGCGGUACCAGCCUGAGAUGGCCCAGUGUCUACGCUGCCGGGAGCCCCAAGCCUGAGCCUCAGCCCCACCCCCACCCCACUGCCAGGCCCAGGCUCAGGCCUGGACUCUCAGCAUCUGCCUCCCCACCACAGAAGGGACCAUCCUCUCUCCAUUUUCCACCUGCCAGAUGCCCCAGCCCCUGCCCCCCUGGUCAAGACCAAAGUGUGCAUGUGGGGAAGAGGGAGGAGGGAGGAUCAGACUGAAUUGCUGUAAGCAGUUUAGGGGUGUGGGGUGUGUGGAAGCCCCACCAUUCGUGUUCCACGUGACCUGGAGAGUCAUGCUUGCCCUUUCUGUGCAAUUCAUGUGUCCUGUGGCAGGCUGGCUGGUACCUGGGGGCAUCUGCCUGUCUGUGUGCUGUUCGUGUGCCUAUGCUUGGGGAGGUCAUAGGGGCCCCCUCCCCAUGUGAUCCUUGCUCGGUCUAUGCAGGGGCCCCAAUGCCUGCACUUUGGUUUGUGUGCCCUGUGGUUUUGUCUGUUGUGUGUGUGUGUUCUUUGGUGCUGUGGCCUCUGUGUCUUUGUGGCUGUGCUGGUCUCUGUUGAGUCUGCUCUACCUGUGUGUCCAUUUAGGGAUCUGUCUGUCCAUCCCUCUGUUGGUGCUGUGUCCUCAGCUUUCCCCUCGGGAGAGGGAGGACUCUGCAGCCCCACCAAUAAACUCGUGUCUAACUGCAUUUCUGUGCUCCGUGACUCCUCAGAAGUGGACUCUGGAGUGACCACCCACGGCCCUCCUGGCCUUUCACAGUCGGUCACCUUCUGUCCCAAGUAAAUUCAGAUGGAGGCUGAAAGCUUUCCCAGCCCAGGCUCUUGACGAAGAAGAGUCCCUUUGUGGGCAGAGCAGGGCUGCAGGGGCCAUCCUGGAGAGCCCUUCUCACUGGAACCCUCCAGCAGGCCAGGCCACGCUCCUGUUAGUGGGGAACUGGAACACUGUGGGGAAAGAGGCUGUGUCAGCAGGGGUGGGAAAGGCAGCGAGCCCUCCGUGCAGGUGUGGGCUGUGUGUAAGCACCAGUGUCAUCGCCACGCUCGCUCUUCAGUCUGAAAAACUAUAUAUUUCAAAGUCUCACGAAU